AUCCAGCUGCUGUGCGCGUGAAUGUGUGCGAGGACAUGGAUACAGCUGGCGUUUACCACUGAAACUGAUCACUUUACAGUGUUACGGUAACACUGAGGGACUUCAGAGAGCGACAAAACUUCUUCCACAGCCGCACUCAUGUGAUUUUCCCUUCUUUGAGCCAUGUCCAAGAGCCUGAAGAAGAAGAAGAACCACUGGACUAACAAAGUCCACGAGAGUGUCCUUUGCAGGAAUGAGGAGGGGGAACUGGGGCUGGAGUUGAAGGGCGGCGCAGAAAAUGGACAGUUCCCGGUUAUCGGGGAGCUUCUCCCGUGCAGAGCGGUCUGCCAUAGCGGCAAACUCUUCCAGGAUGAACUCCUGCUGGAAGUCAAUGAUACCCCUGUGGCUGGACUCACCACCAGGGACGUCCAUGCUGUGGUCAAACACAGCAAAGAUCCCCUCCGACUCAAGUGUGUCAAACAAGGGGGCGUGAUAGACAAGGACCUGCGCCACUACCUCAACCUGCGUUUCCAGAAAGGCUCAGUGGACCACGAGCUGCAGCAGAUCAUCCGGGACAACCUCUACCUCCGCACCGUCCCCUGCACAACCAGGCAGCCCAAGGAAGGAGAGGUCCCGGGGGUGGAUUAUAAUUUCGUGACCGUUGACCGGUUUAUGGAACUGGAGAAAAGUGGAGCCCUGCUAGAGAGUGGAACAUAUGAAGAUAACUUUUACGGCACCCCGAAGCCUCCGGCUGAGCCCAGCGCUCUGCUGUUAAAUGUAACGGACCAGCUGCUCCCGGGCGCCAGACCCAGCUCCGAGGGCAAGAGGAAACGUAACAAGUCAGUCAGCAACAUGGAAAAAGCCAGCAUCGAGCCCCCCGAGGAGGAGGAGGAGGAGAGACCCAUUGUCAAUGGCAACGGUGUCGCUGUCACCCCAGAGUCAAGUGAACAUGAGGACAAGAGCACAGAUGCUUCAGGGGACAUCGCCCCGCAGAGCAACCCAGCAGAGGCCCAGAGUGAGAUACCCAAAGAUGACGGACAGAUCCCGAAGACGGCAGUACCCAAACCAGAGGAGAACGAUGAGCUAGGGCCCCUGCCAGACAACUGGGAGAUGGCAUACACUGAGAAAGGAGAAGUCUACUUCAUAGACCACAACACUAAGACAACAUCGUGGCUGGACCCGAGGCUAGCCAAGAAAGCAAAGCCGCCUGAGGAAUGCAAAGAGGACGAGCUUCCGUACGGCUGGGAGAAAAUCGAUGACCCCAUUUACGGCAGCUACUAUGUCGAUCAUAUAAACAGAAGGACCCAGUUUGAGAACCCAGUCUUGGAGGCUAAAAGGAGACUCCAGCAGCAGCAGCAGAUGCAAAGCCAGGGUCUGUCCUCACUGCCCCUUCCCACCAUCUACAGAGAGAAGCCGCUGUUCACGCGGGACCCCACUCAGCUGAAAGGCAGUUUCUUGUCUACGUCACUCCAAAAGAGCAACAUGGGUUUUGGCUUCACUAUAAUUGGAGGGGAUGAGCCCGAUGAAUUCCUUCAGGUGAAAAGCGUUAUCCCCGAUGGGCCCGCUGCAGCUGAUGGAAAGAUGGCUACAGGUGAUGUUAUUGUCUACAUCAACGAUGUGUGCGUCCUGGGUACCACCCACGCUGAUGUGGUGAAACUCUUCCAGUCGGUACCUAUUGGCCAAGGCGUGACCCUUGUAUUGUGUCGCGGCUACCCUUUGCCAUAUGAACCAGAGGAAGCUGGCAACACCAAUAACAACACCACCACCAUCAUCUCCCCACUGGGCAUCAUAGAGCAGCGGCCCAUUAUGGUGAACGGCAGGACGGGCUACGAUAACUACCUAGAUUAUCUUACUCGCACGGCACGCUUUGUUACAGACCCCAGUCAAGACCAGGUCAACACCCAGCAGCAACUGCUCACGGGUCACCCAGCGGAUACCCACUUAGAUGGCUCACUUCCUCCCACCACGGGCACUACGCCACCAGACAGCGUCUCUAUGGCGUCCUCGGGCGCAACCCAGGGGGAGCUACUGACCUUGACCAUGGUGAAGGGCGUGGAUGGGUUUGGCUUCACGAUUGCGGACAGCGCCACAGGUCAGCGUGUUAAACAAGUCCUGGAGCCUCAGGGCUGCCCGGGCCUGUGCGAGGGCGACUUGAUUGUGGAGAUUAACAAGCAACCUGUGCAGGGAUUCAUACACACACAGGUGGUGGAGCUGCUCAAGGAAUGCCCUGUGGGAGCUGAGACCAGUCUAGUGGUUCAGAGAGGUGGAACAGGUCACUAUUCACCCUGGAAGACCCCUAAGCAGGUGCUGGAGCAGUGGGAGUCCCAGCAGGGCCAGAGCAGCCCCGCUCAGACCAGCCUGUCGGCUCCUGUUAUCCCCCACAGCGCCCCCUUCCCAACACACCAUCUUCACAGGGCCUCGGUCCCUGACUCUGCCUCCGAGGCCUUGGCCCUGGCAAAGCCAGAUCCAUAUGACCUUUAUGAGAAGUCCAGGGCUAUCUUUGAGAGUAGGCAACCUGGGCAGCCGAGGACUGUUUUUCCUGUGGACUCUUCAGGAGCAGAGUACCAGGACAUCGAGGUCCACCUGCGCAGACAGAAGUCCGGGUUCGGUUUCCGGGUGCUGGGCGGGGAUGAGGCGGGGCAGCCUGUGAGUCCGGAGACGCGUGAGAAGAUCCUCAUCGGGGCGAUCAUCGAGAAGAGUCCAGCAGACUUAGACGGGCGCUUGCGGCCUGGUGAUGAGCUGCUGUUUGUGGAUGGGAUUCCAGUGGUGGGGAAGCCGCACAGAUAUGUCAUUGACUUGAUGCACGGGGCGGCGCGUAACGGCCAGGUGAAUCUGGUCAUCAGGAGGAGGGUUCAGGUGGCAGGCGAGUCUUGUCCAGAGAAUGGCCGCAGCCCGGGAUCUGUCUCCACGCAGCACAGCUCCCCACGUAGUGACUUUACAUAUGGCAACAGCACCACCACGCCCCAGGCUCCCAACGCUGGCAUGGGCAACACCACUGCUACUUCAGACGGGACCUCCAACACACAACCAAGUGACGUCAUAAUCAGCCGAAAAGAGAGUGAAGGCUUCGGCUUCGUUAUCAUCAGCUCGCUCAACCGGCCUGAGGCAGUCGUAACUAACACUGUGCCCCAUAAAAUUGGCCGCAUCAUUGAGGGCAGCCCAGCAGACCGCUGCGGGAAGCUGAAGGUGGGAGACAGGAUACUGGCGGUGAACAACCAGUCCAUCGUCAACAUGCCGCAUGCUGACAUCGUUAAGCUGAUCAAAGACGCAGGCCUUAGUGUCACCCUGAGGAUCAUACCGCAGGAAGAGGUGAGCAAUCCUCCAUCAGCCCCCAGCUCAGAGAAGCAGAGCCCCAUGGCUCACCAGCACAGCCCUAAGGCCCAGCCCAAUACUGCAGCCUCCCAGUCUAAUCAAGCAGUGACAGAACCAAGCCCCUCUGUCAGCCAGCCCAACCCCAUGCCCCACCAGAGCCCUGUGACUCAGCUUCCUGUCCCGACACCUCAGACCUACACCCACGAGGGCAGUUACAGGUCUGAGGUGAAGGCGAGGCAAGAUGUUAAACCAGACAUCCGACAGCCGCCGUUCACAGACUACCGACAGCCACCAGUGGACUACCGGCACCCUCCCGUGGCAGACUAUCGGCAGCCGCCCACGCUGGAUUACAGACACCCACCUCUGCUGGACUACAGACAGCUAGCCACAGAUGCCAGGCAGUUUGCCAUCCCAGACUACCGAAUGCCACCAGUUCAACUUUCACAGGACUUCGACUUCUUCACAGUGGAGCUGGAGAAGAGCGUGAAGGGCUUCGGUUUUAGCAUCCGUGGAGGGCGGGAGUACAAAAUGGACCUGUUUGUCCUACGACUCGCAGAGGAUGGGCCGGCCAUUCGCAACGGCAGGAUGAGGGUCGGGGACCAAAUCAUUGAGAUCAAUGGAGAGAGCACUCGGGACAUGACCCAUGCCAGGGCUAUCGAGCUCAUCAAGUCUGGAGGCAGGCGGGUUCGUCUCCUCCUAAAGAGGGGUACAGGGCAGGUCCCAGAGUACGACAAUGCCGCCCCAUGGGAUGGUCGCCCUUCAGCCUCCCCAAGCCUGUCGGAAAUAGCCCCUCCCAUCGACAGCCUUUCCAUGUCAUCGCCUUCAUCUCAUCUGGCCCCAGCCCCCGACCCUCCUCAUCUGCCACCUCAGGAUGUCCAUCGAGACCCGGUGGCACGAGACAGCAGGACGGAGUGUUCAAAGAGCCCCCAGAAAGCCGAGUUGCUAAACACAGAUCCCAUUAGCCAUGCGAGGAGAGCGGCUAAAACCAGCGGGAGCAGCAGAGCCAAGAAGGAGGGUGGCAGGUCCACCCACAAGGGCCUCAGGAUGCAGCCCACUCCUGAUGGGGACGGGGGCAAGGAGGGGCAGAUCGGAGAGCCUAGACCUUCCAGGAGCACCAGAGGAAGGUCCAAAGAGAGAAAUACUGGGGACAAUAGAGUGUCCACUCACUCUCCCAGCAGCUCUAAGCUCCCACACACUAACGGGAACAGCAGGGAAGAUGAGGAGCGUUGGAGUGCCACAAAGCAGGGGGAGCUGGAGCAGAGCAAGUCCAGGCCCAGGGAACUAGACAGGGGCCAGGGAGAGAGCCGGCCAAGCCUGCCCAACAAGAGCACCAGCAGCAGCAUCGCAGCAGGGAGGAAGGCCACAGUCUCUCCUGGACCUUGGAAGAUCCCUGGAUCAGACAAGCUGCCCAGCACCCUGCGCACAGGCACGUCCACUCUGAGCAGAUAACCCCGCAGCUCCAGCAGAAAACAGUGGCCACACUCAUCUGAACUAAACCACUCCAUCUGGAUGAAAGUACCAUCCUCACACCCUCCUGUGCUCUUACAUCCCCUCAUCGACCUGUUCUCCCAUAGAGUCAAAACCGGGGGGAGGGAUCUGGACCACGUGUUUUUAAAGUUUUAUUUAUGAAACUGUAUUUUAAAUUAUUUUGGAAAAACAUAUUUUACACCUACCACCUUAAGAACUGGAAAAUCAUCCAAUUUAACAAAGAAAAAAAGAAAAAAAAAGAAGAAGAGCAAAUAGAGUCUUUGUGUAGCGUGGUGGGAAUCAUUUGUGGAGUAAAUGAAUUUUAAAGACCUCUAUUUUGAGUUCUCCCCGACCAGAACCAGGGGGCAAACAUGCAAAUAUAAACAAAGUGGCAGGAAGUUACUGUGGGAUGGAUUUUUUUUUUUUAUAUAUCUACACAGUGGAGUCUAUUUUAUGAAAUGGAAUGUUAAAAAGAUGUUUGUGAUGAGAGUGAAUGGAUCAAAGAGCGACCGCAGAGAUGAAAUCUACUCAUCAGCAGAAACUUUGCCUUAACAAAGACUGUAUGGGCCUGAACCUGUCUUGAAUAAUCUAUCAGAUGAUUAUAGACAUAGAUAUAUUAGAACAAAUAUGAAUAUGUGGGAACGUUUUGUAAAUAAGAUCAUCUUUAAGUGAACAUAUGGAAAUUCUAGACUACAAAUAAGUGGGCGAAGCAGCACGAGAUGGACCGGAUCUUUAGGCGGCUCCUCGCUCCUGUACACUCCUGUUCCGCCCUGUGAUUGCAGUUCUGGGUCUCAGCAGGCCUGCUGCGAUCGACUGCACGGUCCGUUUGAAUCAUCCGGGUUUCAGUCUGUUUUUCUUUCUUCUGUACUUAACGAUCGAAGCAAUCUACGACGGUGGUGUCCACCUGGACACUGAGAGAAGGAGCUUGCAUGAUAAUGACCAAGGGGCAGAGUGCCUUAGACUGAGGACAAAGGUUCAACCACAGAAAUACUGCAGAGUUCAACAGAGGCUGCUAUACAACACCCACUCUACAGAUAUAAAUAUAAACUGUAUUUCUUCAGUGUGACAUGGUGAAAUAUAUAAGUUAUUUCACAAGCUUGUGUAUGAAAAUGAGUCCAUUAGCAGAGGUAUCGAUGGUCCCUUUCUGUGCAAGUGGUUCAUCUCGGGUCAUGAUGCUUUUCAUUACUGAUUUCUUAAUGAGGUCUGACACCAGUAAUUUCCAUGAAGAAUCGCUUAUAUGAGAUUGUGUAAUCAAAUGUCGCCACAUGGCAGACAGAGCUUUGCACCUAAACCAAACCAAAUUAAUAAAAUCUGAUAUUAAUUCAGUAGAGAAUCAAUCUCGCCUUCUCAGGCGCUCGCUCGUGUUACAGUCUGCAUCCUGAAUGAAGGAAUGAACGCCGCUCAUGUGAACGUGACACGUUUGUCAGCUGCUGAAUUAAAUUUCUUUUAAGAGAUUCUGUCUACACUGUGUGAUAUUAAGACAUACAUAUCCAUGCCAAAGCUCUUUGGAGGUUUUCUUUCUUUUUUUUUUCUUUUUUUUUUUUAGCAUUCACUUACCUGCCCCAGAAUUUGACUGACUUUGAAGGCAAUUCUUGUAUUUCUAUAUAUCAAGCUCGCAACUAGCUAAGCCCUGCCGCCUUUGGUUACUGCCACAGUUCCUGUCAAGCUUUCUAUUCUUGUACAAUGUUUGAUAAAACGGUGACACUGAGACUUCAAACAGUGCGUUCUUGAUUUCAGGCGGAGGUACUUGAAAGAAACUUGGCAUUUAAACAUCACAGGAGGAAAGGGUUUUAGGAUGAAGACUGUCAGGCGAAGUUGGACAGAGUGUCUCAUCUGUCCCAGAGAGCAUUGGCUGAGGUUGCUGGAACAUAAACUACACAAAACUACAAAUGUUACUCUGCUUGUACUAUUAAACAGUGUUGGGGAAACUUCUUUGAAUUGGUAGUUUUAUAAACCUCUACAAUCUAAGCAAUACUCGCACUAGAAGAAAGUGAACUAUACCAAAAAUAACAGGUCUCGGCUUCCUUGAGAUAUGGGUCUAUUCCUGAAGGGAGACAAGGGUACAAAAGCAGCUUGAAGUAAUAUUUUAAAUGCUCUAAUGAAAUAAGAAAAGGUAGCUUCAGAACUUCAUAUUUUUUAAGCUCAUUCCACCGGUAUGUAUUGUAGCAUUUGAUCCAGUUUUUCCAAGUUCAGUGCGAAAACAAGGAAAGUCCUGGGACCUGGCAUUGAGUCCUGCAUUUAAAUGUAACAAGACAGAAGAGAUGACGAGCAAUUUUUGCAGAGCAGGACCUUAUAAAUACACAGCACGGUGCUCCCUUCUGUUUGUUGAGGAGGACUAAGAUACAAUGAGUAAGAAAAACAUGAACUGUGAUAAAACUCAGCACAUUGUGUUGCACAGUAUCAGUCAGCAGAGAAUAAAAAGGCUACUGUACUGACAAAGUUAGAGACAAAGAGAACAUUGUGCUAAUAUUGUAUAAAAGCACUACUAUUGCAUCAUACGUGUUUGCUAGCUUGUCAAAAGUUUUAAAUUGAUAUGAGUGUUAUUGUAUCGAUAUUAAUAGUUGCACUCAUGAAGUGGUCAAAAAGUAGUGAAGCCUAAAAAUAAGCUAUAGUAGGUGGUAUUCACUAGAUUUCAGUACAAAUCUGAAUUAUCCCCUAUUCUGAAAAUAAAAACAUCUUGGUAGAGCUCCAAGACUGCAGUAAAUUCACAUUUUAGAUGGUGCUUGCAUAAAAGUGUCAUCUAGACUUGUGCACCUUUCUUGAGAGGUGUUCACUGUGGGUCCUCAAUACGAGCUUCAUGUCCAGUCAAAGUCAUAAUGGCUUAUAACAAUCAACAGUUCAAUUUUAUUCACACUUGAGAACCAACAGCAAGAAGGUUCCUUGUUCAGCGUGGAGUUUGCAUGUUCUCCCUGUGCCUACGUGGGUCCUCUCCCAGUAUUCCAACUUCCUCCCACAGUCCAAAGACAUGCAUUUUAAGUCAAUUUGUGGUUCUAAAUUAGCCAUAGGUGUGAAUGUGAGUGUCAGUGAGUGUCUGUUUCUCUGUGUUAGAUAGACCUCUCCAGAGUGUAUCCUAACUUUUGUCCUGUGGUAUCUCAUAUAGGCUCCGGCCCCUCAUGACCCCAAAUUCAGUAAGGAGUUAAGAAAAUGGAAUGGAUAUUAAUUUCUUAAAAAAGUACGCAAAAACUUCUGUGAACAUUUGUUGAGAGGUUAAUUCAUGAUGACAUCGCUGUGUGACCACAAAGCAGUGCCCAUCUGUCUCCAUGUGCGCUGCACAAGUGUGCGUGGUGGCUGUAAUAGUGAAGUGGAGUGAGGACAUAAACACCCAGCCUUUAUUGUAGAAAGUUGCAACAAAGAUAAAGAAAGCCAAAAUGAAGCUUGGGAAGAACACGGGGGACAGCAUAAAGAUACUAAGAGUUAACCUAAAGGGAGACAGGACUAUUUAUACACACAGAGGGUAAUCAGGGAAAUGGGAAACAGACAGCUGAACAUAUUAGGUAACAUGACAGAAAGUAAAUCUAAAUGCAAUGAAGGACUAACUAAACACAGAAGCAUAAACAGACACUGAACAUGAAAUGCAUGGAAGCUUGGUUCAGCCGCUGGAAUAAAGUUUUCUUUUCUGCAACUAAAGAGGAAGACUUUUUUUUUUUUUGGUGAUCUGUGAGUCAAAAUUUCUGGUUAUUAUUUUGGAUUGUUUCUUCUUGCCAAAUUCAAUUUAUUUUUCUCAGCAUUUCUCAGACCAACUCUAACCUCAACCCUAAUUCUGAGUUAGUAAAUUGAAAUUUCAAGAUACCUAAACUGAAAUUUAGGUAGAAACAAGCUUACAUACAAAACAGGAACACUGGGAGAAGCUAACAAAACCCCAUAAUACUAAACCAAGACUGAAAUAAUAUAAAGAAACUACUACUACAGUCACAUGUCGUUCUCUAAUCCUCAACACUGUUAGUCACCCUGCAAACGAUUGCAGAUAAAGCAAUACUUCGAGUCACCUUUGCUACUGUUUUUAGUUUUGAGAUUAAAUAACUGCACAUAGAUAUCACCCACCCUAAAAUGUGUCAAAUGGCAGGCACACCACACCGUCAAGAGCAUGAAUCCAAAGCUUGACAGGCCUGCAGUGCAGUCUUUGAGUUACAACAGUUGUACUGAAUGGCUGUUCAGUGGGAGGAGUCUAACAAAUGGUUAAUUUGAAGUAAUUUUUCCCUUGAAUGAGCCAGCAUCAGGGAAUUUUUUAAAAAAAGGCCUUCUUCUGAGGAAAGUACUGACAGCGUUUGAGUGAGCAGAGGGAGACAAGUCAUUAUGUUUGCCAUUGUAAUCCAUAAUUACACACAGACUAAGCAGACUGACUUAACACAGAGGGUUUGAAAUAGGAGUUAUUGCAUUGAGGAACGGAGGAAUCAUAAGCCAGGAGCAAACGAUUGAGCAUUUCAGAGACUUGUAGAAUGCCUCUGUUACACACUGUCACGUCAUACCCAUUUAGUUGGACUGCUCCUUUAUUUUGUGAUUUCUGAUUGGUGCAGAAGCAGGAAACGUGUCCUUUUCGCUCAGCCUUUGCACAAAUCACUGCUUUCCACAUUUGAGCUGUCUCCAUUGAGCCAAACUGUAAGUAAUUUUUUUAGGUAAAUUUAAAAAAAAUAAAAAAUACCUACAGGUGCGUUCAAGUGCGUGUUUGUGUAGAACAAACAGGCUUUUGCACCACAAUAUAAACCCCAACAACCUGAGCGGCUCAGUAUCACUGUGUAGUGUUAUAGCAGUGUGUAGACUCUGAACAAAUAUCUCUAUAAAUAUGACUCGGUGUGCUAUUGAUGGUCACAAAGACUGUAAGUGGAGCAACUAUUUUUAUGAAAUGCAACACUAUGAAUAUAUUAACUUUUGCAAAAAUCUUGUUUACCUGUAUGAUAUUCUGAAACGCUGUCAAA